AUGACGGACCCGCGUGCGGCGAACGCGCAGCGUGGGUACAUCAUGUUCUUCGUGUUUUUCUUUCUCUUGCUCACCGCGAACGACUUCACGCCCGCCAAGACGCGAAGGAAUCAGCGCGCGAACGGUGGCCGCGAUGGACAGGGAAUAAAAGGUGAAAUCGGUGCGCGCGGUGCGACGAGGACGGAGGAGGUGCGGGAUAAGGUGAUCAUAGAUUUGAGCGAAUCCAACGCCGCGCUCGAGGUGGAGAACCGCCUUUUGCGCGCGUCCGUGAUCGGUCUCCGGACCGCGCUGACGAAACACGAAGGAGGCGCCGCCGAGGCCAAGGCGUUCGACGAGGCGUACAAUCUCACGAGCCUAAGUCUCGGUGAAAACGAUAGGGAGGGUGGAGUUUUACAGUUAAAGGGAAGGAAUGCACUCGCGAACGCGGGCGUUGCGAAAGAGGACGCCGAAAACGAAAUCCCGGGCGAGCUCGCCGGAGCGUCGCGGAGGAUCUUACGAAACCUCCGCCAGAGUUUGGCCGACGGCACGGCGGCGUAG